AUGGUGUGGGGGGGGGGGGGGGGGGGGGGGGGGGGGGGGGGGGGGGGGGGGGGGGUGGGGGGGGGGGGGGGGGGGGGGGGGGGGGGGGGGGGGGGGGGGGGGGUGGGGGGGGUGGGGGGGGGGGGGGGGGGGGGGUGGGGGGGGGGGGGGGGGGGGGGGGGGGGGGGGGGGGGGGGGGGGGGGGGGGGGGGGGGGGGGGGGGGGGGGGGGGGGGGGGGGGGGGGUGGGGGGGGGGGGGGGGGGGGGGGGGGGGGGGGGGGGGGGGGGGGGGGGGGGGGGGGGGGGGGGGGGGGGGGGGGGGGGGGGGGGUGGGGGGGGGGGGGGGGGGGGGGGGGGGGGGGGGGGGGGGGGGGGGUGGGGGGGGGGGGGGGGGGGGGGGGGGGGGGGGGGGGGGGGGGGUGGGGGGUGGGGUGGGGGGGGGGGGGGUGGGGGGGGGGGGGGGGGGGGGGGGGGGUGGGGGGGGGGGGGUGUGGGGGGGGCGGGGUUGGUGGGGGGAGGGGGGGGGGUGGUGGAGUGGGGGGGGGGGGGGGUGGGCGGGGGGGGGGGGGGUGGGGGGGGGGUGUGGGUUGGGGGGGGGGUGGGGGGGGGGUGGGGGAGUGUUGGGCGGGGUGUGUCGGACUGGACUAUGUUUCUUGGGCGGUUUUUGUUGUCUUUUUGUAG